AUGCAGACAUACCUUCUUUCCCAGCAAUUUAGGCCUUUGGCAGAAAAUUUCACAGCUUGUCCAGCAAAUGCUACUAUUUGCAAUGGCACAUCUUGUGUGUUACCAGAAGAUACUUUUAAUCAAACUUUGAGCACAGUUUUAAGUACUGUUCUAACAAUCAUGCUGGCUUUGGUGAUGUUUUCCAUGGGCUGCAAUGUGGAACUUCAGUUAUUCUGGAACCACAUAAAAAGACCCUGGGGUAUUUUAGUGGGCUUCCUUUGCCAGUUUGGAAUUAUGCCUCUCGUAGCCUUUUUGUUGUCCCUGGUCUUUAACGUGCUUCCUAUUCAAGCUGUCGUGGUGAUGAUCAUGGGAUGCUGUCCAGGAGGCACAGCCUCCAAUGUCAUUGCCUACUGGUUGGAUGGAGAUAUGGACCUAAGCAUCAGCAUGACAACUUGCUCCACAAUACUUGCAAUGGGAAUGAUGCCACUUUGCCUCUUUCUUUACACCAAGAUGUGGACUGAUUCUAGUGCCAUUGUACUCCCCUACCAGAGCAUCGGUAUUUCACUGGUGUCUCUUUUAAUUCCUGUUUCAGUUGGAAUGUAUGUUAACCACAAAUGGCCUACUAAAGCAAAAAUUAUACUUAAGGUCGGUUCCAUUGUGGGAGCAAUCCUCAUUGUGCUCAUUGCUGUGGUUGGGGGAAUACUCUACAAAGGCUCAUGGAUUAUCUCACCCAAAUUAUGGAUCAUUGGCACCAUAUUUCCAGCAAUUGGUUAUUUUCUGGGAUUUUUGCUGGCACGCAUGUCUGGUCUGUCUUGGCGCAGAUGUCGUACAGUGUCUCUGGAAACAGGCUUCCAAAACACCCAACUAUGUUCAACUAUAGUACAGCUCUCAUUCACUUCAGAACAACUUGAACUGAUGUUUACUUUCCCACUCAUCUACAGCAUUUUCCAGCUGGUGCUUGCACUACUAAUUUUAGGAGCCUACCGUAUUUACAGAAGACACAAAGUCAAAACAUCAACAGAUGCAGAGAAAACAGAGGAAAAAGAGGAUUCAAAAUCACCAUCACAUGCCAAAAUAAAUGGAGGCUUUGUAUCAAAUGAGACCAAAUAG